UUGAGUUCAGCAGUCUGUGUGCUUCGAUGUGACGUGACGACAAACGCAAUGCAACAACAUCCAACUCAGUGAUCAUCAUUCAAUUCGGAUUGUUCACAGCGCUUCAAAAUGUUACUGGUCUUUCUAUUUCUAAUGGCGAGUGUGCCAGGUGGAGAGACAAGUAAAACCGAGUCCAUGUCAGUGACAGAGGGGGAUGCUGUCACUCUACAUUCUGAUCUUUCCGAAAUACUCAACGAUGAUACAAUAAUAUGGAUGUUUGGACCUAAAGACACUUUCAUAUACCAAAUCCGAAGAAAGGAUGACUUGACCUCAUUUAUGGUCACCGAUGAUGAGCGAUUCAAAGGCAGAUUGCAGGUGGAUCAAAAGACUGGCUCUCUCACCAUCAGAAACACCAGAAAGAGACACUCAGGACAAUAUAAACUAACAAUCUCUAGAGAAAUAAUUACAAUAAAGAUAUUUAAUGUUACUGUCUUAGCUGUGGUUGGUGAGACGGAUGGAGUCAAGUCAGUGUCAUUGUCAGUGAUGAAGGGGGAUCCUGUCACUCUACGUGCUGAUUCUGAAAUACACCAAGAUGCUCUGAUGCUCUGGAGGUUUGGAGAUAAAGGCAAUCUUCUAGCUAAAAUUGACAUUGAGACCAAUGAGAGCUCAUUAAAUGAUGCUGAUGAGGGAUUCAAAGAUCGGCUGCAGUUGAAUGAUCGGACUGGAUCUUUGACCAUCAAGAACACCAGAACCACAGACUCUGGACUUUAUGAACUACAGAUCAAAGGCAGUGAGAGCUUACACAGAUUCCUGGUUUCUGUCAGAGAUGCUGGUCUUUCAUCCAGUGAUAUAGCAGGAAUAGUUUUUGGUGUUAUUAUUUCUGUUCUGCUGAUCCUGAUUCCCUGUGUGAUUUACUAUCGCCGCAGGAUUACUAAAUUAAAAGGACAAAUGGGUAAGUAUAACAUAUUUAAACAUUUCCUCCAUACGUGCCAGGAUUUUCUUUAAACUGUGUACAGUAUAGUAUUUAAUUUGAGUACUUUGUUUUACCAUUUCAUUUCAAUUCGAACCACUGACUAGUCUAGGAUGUUCAUGCUCCGAAGUAAAUUUCAGAUUAGUGAGAUUUUUGAU